GCUUCUCCUGCGUCCGGUCUUCAUUUGCUGUUCCUGGCAUGACGUCGAUGCCGCUUCGCCCGCUUGGAUGCUCUCGUCCAAGCUCCCACGCCCUCCCAGCUCUCCUCCCACCUUCCUUCCAAUCGCCCGCUCCAGCCUUGCCGCAACGGGUGCCUUUUCUGCAGCUACUAUCAACAGAACGGACUAGCAUAUUUAUUUUCCAUCCUACUGCUAUUCACGAUGUUUUCACCGUCUUUCACUCGCACCUGUUGAUUACCUCAAAACACCACCUCUUUUCCUAACCUAUUGCCCGUUGUGCCCAGGCUGUUGUGCCGCUGUUGAUCUGGAAUCCCCCACCCAUUUAACAAUCCGGGAAAGCUGCUGCAUCCUCAACAACCAAUGCCACCGAGGACAAUGGUGUCAAACGAAAUAUAUUUACUGCCAUUGAAGGACGAUGGGAGUCCGGAUGUCCCAGGCGGAUACAUCUACCUGACACCCAAGAGCGAAGCACCCUUAACUGUCCGCUUUGCAAUUGAAGGCACAUCAUCAAUCUGCAGACAUGGCAGCUUGUGGACAAAUAUUCCUGAGGAGGGCAAGGAAUUCCAGAGAAACAAGUUCCGGGAAUUUAAACUAGAACCUGACUUCAAUCGGACCAUUGAGAUCUCGGUCAAGAUCCAUGGCGCAGGCUCAUUUGCCUUCUAUACCACCUACACACCUCUUCCUGACCUCUCCGAAACCAUCCAAAAAGCUCUCGAGCCUGCGAAGACCGAGAUAUACUAUAUCGAUGUUGCUCCUCGCCUCACUCUGGAGGGUAGGCAGAUGCCAUUACCGGCACUCUCCAUCUUCUCCCUGAUUUCCAAAUUUAUGGGCAGAUAUCCUACGGACUGGGAGAAGCACAUUCGGGGGAUCAGUGAAAGAGGAUAUAAUAUGAUUCAUUUCACACCACUGCAGCACAGGGGAUCGUCGAAUUCCCCGUACAGUAUUUACGAUCAACUCGCUUGGGAUCCAGAAUGUUUCCCUAACGGAGAGGCUGAUAUAAAGAAAUUGGUUCGCAGUAUGGAGAAAGACCAUGGCCUACUGGGUUUGACGGAUGUGGUCUGGAAUCAUACAGCAGACAACAGCAAAUGGCUGCAAGAGCAUCCAGAGGUCGGAUACAAUGUUUCAACGGCGCCGUGGCUCAGAGCUGCUCUAGAGCUAGACACAAGUCUUCUGGAGUUCAGCGACACCCUAGCAUCGAAAGCAACUGACAUCAAGACGGUUGAUGAGUUACUCAAGAUCAUGGAGGGCAUCAAGACGGAUGUCAUUGCAAAAUUGAAGCUCUGGCAGUUCUACGUUAUCGACGUGGUACGCGAUGCUGAUGCCGCGGUUCAAGCUUGGACAAAGGGAGAUAUCAAAUUUCCUGAGGGCGGGUUUGGAGGGGACGACUUUGGUGGAUUGGAGACAAUUAAGACAUCAACGCCAACACAGAUGGCCCUUUUCUUGACCAAGAAAGCUUUGCUCAACACCGACAGCCUCGGUGAGCGAUACAGGAGAGCCGUCGAUCCUCGAGUCGCUGCUGCAUUACUCACAGCCAUAUAUGGUCGCUAUGAGGGAGAUGACUCCGAUGGCGCAGAUCAAGGAGCUGCGCGAAGUAGAUUGACAAGCAUCCUCGACGAGGUCAACCUUCCUCUGUACCAAGAGUACGAUAAAGAUAUUGCAGAAAUCCUCGAACAGCUCUUCAACCGGAUAAAGUACGUGAGAAUUGAUGACCAUGGUCCGAAGCUAGGACCUAUCACUAAGAAAAGUCCCAUCAUUGAGUCUUAUUUCACGAGAUUACCGAAGAACUCCAUCACAGCCAAGCACAAUCAGGAGGACCUUGCAUUGGUCAAUAACGGGUGGAUCUGGGCUUCAAAUGCCCUGAUUGAUAAUGCAGGCCCGGAAUCUCGCUCAUAUCUUCGGAGAGAAGUCAUCGUUUGGGGCGAUUGUGUUAAGCUUCGGUAUGGCAAGGGCCCAGAGGACAGUCCUUACCUAUGGGACCACAUGGCGAGAUACACUCGUUUGACCGCCAAGUAUUUCACUGGUAUCAGAAUUGACAACUGUCAUUCCACACCUAUUCAUGUCGCCGAAUAUCUCCUGGACGAAGCCCGUAGGGUACGGCCUAAUCUUUUUGUGGUCGCCGAGCUGUUCACUGGAUCCGAGGAAAUGGACUAUGUGUUCGUCAAACGACUUGGAAUUAGUUCAUUGAUUCGAGAAGCCAUGCAAGCUUGGGGAACUGGCGAGCUCAGCCGACUUGUUCAUCGCCACGGUGGGCGCCCUAUUGGUAGCUUCGAAGUAGAUGAGAUCUCUACAGAGACCAAGAUUACCUCUCCUGGGAAGACAAAUGGCCAAGCCGAGCGGGAUAUCAUUCGGAGGAUCAAGCAGACACCAGUCCAUGCGCUUCUAAUGGACUGCACACAUGACAACGAGGUGCCAGCUCAGAAGCGUGAUGCUCGCGACACCUUACCCAACGCAGCAUUGGUAAGCAUGUGUGCUAGUGCAACUGGAAGUGUGAUGGGCUAUGACGAGGUGUAUCCCAAGUUGAUCGACCUUGUCUCCGAGACUCGACUGUACACCUCCAAGUCUUCGACGAAGCACGUUGAGAUUGGCGGUGGUGAAGGUGGAAUUGGUGGCAUCAAGAAACUUUUGAACCAAAUCCACACCCUCAUGGGGAAGGAUGGCUAUGAAGAAAUUCACAUUCAUCACGAGGAUCAAUAUAUUACUGUCCACCGAGUUCAUCCCGAGUCGCGAAAGGGUUAUUUUCUGAUCGCACACACUGCUUUCCCUGGCUACGGCAACGGCAAUGGCGGCUUCAGUCCUGUGCACCUGAGUGGUACCAAGGCUAGACAUCUAGGGAGCUGGAUGCUCGAGGUUGAUACGAGCGAAGAAGCGAAGAAGGCCGUAGCGGAUGACAAAAAGGUCUUGAAAGGGCUCCCAAGUAAAGUCAUUGACUUGCCUGGCAUCCGAAUGGAGGCAAAGGCGGAUGAGACUGUUAUAUCAGUCCGCGACAAGUUCCCUCCCGGAAGUAUUGCGCUAUUCGAAACUUGGAUCCCUGAAGCAGAACAUUCUACCGGUCUAGAUGCAUAUGUCACAUCAGGAGCAAAGGCUGCUUUUGCCGAGGUGGACUUGAUCGAUCUCAACUUUGUUUUGUAUCGGUGUGAAGCUGAAGAACUGGACUCAAGUGAGGGCAAAGAUGGCGUCUAUGAAAUACCUGGUCAUGGAAAAUUGGUAUAUGCUGGCUUGCAAGGGUUCUGGAGUGUCUUGAAGAACAUCAUCCAGAACAACGAUCUUGCACAUCCAUUAUGCCAACAUCUACGAAAUGGUCAAUGGCUUCUUGAUUACAUCUCCGGACGUCUCGAAAGGAUCUCGAGCAAGUCUGGAUUUGAGCGGCUGCUGAAAGUGGCUACCUGGAUGAAAGAGCGAUUUGAUGCGAUAAGAAAAUUGCCAAGUUUCCUAUUGCCCAGAUAUUUUGGUCUCGUCAUCCGAACUGCUUAUACCGCGGCUUGGAAUCGUGGUCUUGAGUUGAUGAAUGAGAAUGUCCGCAAAGGGCAGUGGUUUUUACAGGACCUUGCCAUGGUCAGCAUUCAGCAGACUGGGUACGUCAAGUCGGCUUCUCUGUACCCGAAAAAGGAAGUCCCUUCGCUUGCCGCUGGUCUUCCUCAUUUUGCGGUGUCCUGGGCGCGUUGUUGGGGUCGAGAUGUAUUCAUAUCCGCCAGAGGUUUGUUCUUGGGGACUGGCCGCUUUGACGAUUGCAAAGAGCAUAUUUUCGCUUUUGCAAGUGUCAUGAAGCAUGGCAUGGUUCCCAACCUUCUCUCAAGCGGGACUAACCCUCGUUACAAUGCUCGGGAUGCUAUCUGGUUCAUGUUGCAGACUAUUCAAGACUACACCAAGAUUGUUCCAAAUGGCCUUAGCAUUCUGCAAGAGAAGAUCCCUCGGCGCUUCCUGCCCUAUGACGACACGUAUUUCGAUUCUGAUGAUCCUCGAGCAUACUCCAAGUCCUCCACUCUCGAGGAUAUCAUUCAAGAGGCCCUACAAAGACACGCCACAGGCAUGUCUUUUCGAGAGGCGAACGCAGGUCCUGGUUUGGACAUGCAGAUGAGCUCGGCUGGCUUCCAGCAAGACAUCAAAGUUGACUGGACAAAUGGCCUUAUCUUUGGUGGAAACCAAAACAAUUGCGGCACAUGGAUGGACAAGAUGGGAGAGUCUGACAGAGCAAACAGCAAAGGCGUUCCAGGCACUCCUCGUGAUGGCUCUGCGAUCGAAAUUGCCGGCUUGCUUUACAGCACUCUUGUCUGGGUUUCGAAAUUGCACAAUGAGGGCAAGUACAAAUAUGCGGGAGUAAGCACAACUGAACCUGACUUGAAAGUCAUCACCUUCGCCAGCUGGGCAUCCCGCAUCAAAGCCAACUUCGAGAAAUGCUACUAUGUACCUCUCGAUGCUAAGGACGACAAGAAGUAUGAUGUCAACACUGCGAUUGUCAAUCGUCGUGGUAUCUACAAAGAUCUGUACAAGAGCGGAAAGGAAUACGAAGACUAUCAACUCCGUGCCAACUUCCCCAUCGCGAUGACCGUCGCCCCUGACCUCUUCGAUCCCAAGCACGCUCUCCACGCUCUCACAGUAGCAGAUAAAGUCCUCCGUGGUCCUACCGGAAUGGCGACUCUCGACCCCGCUGAUCUCAACUAUCGCCCCUACUACAACAACUCGGAAGACUCGACCGAUUUCGCCACUUCCAAGGGUCGUAACUACCAUCAAGGUCCGGAAUGGCUCUGGCCUACAGGUUUCUUCCUUAGAGCCUUGUUAAAUUUUGACUUGAUGCGCAAGAAGACGCCCCAAGAGCGUACAGAGAGUUUCCAGCAAAUUACUAGGAGAUUGGCGGGAUGCAAGGCAGCAAUCAAGGAUUCGCCAUGGGCAGGACUGACAGAGUUGACAAACAAGAACGGGGAGUUCUGUGGUGAUUCUUCUCCAACUCAAGCUUGGAGUGCAGGUUGCCUCAUUGAUCUUUACCACGAUGCAGCUCAAUAUGAUGUCUCGCAACUAUCAAGAGAUUGAACAUGAAGAUAGAAACGAAGAAACGGUAGACUGCUGCAUGAUAGACAGAUGCUAGCAUGAUGGAGAAUAUACCAUAUGCUAGAUGGCUUACAGAACAACGAGGGUGGGAUACAGACAAGAGAUUCAUGAUACACGUAUACGACUGGGUAUUUUCUGGGUUGGGGCUUCAGUCAAGCCGGGUCAUGGGAGGCCAAUAUCUUUAUAGCACACAAGUGAGUCGUGUUCGGACUGAUGACAUCAAGCGUCACAAGACUAGGAUGGGUUCAUGCUUUUGAUUCAAUCCCCAAGACAACUCAGAAGAAUGAAUAAAAAGCAUCAUCACUAAGAACAAAUCCAAACAUGAUCCUUUCCAAUUCCCCUCAUCCCAUCCUAUCUCCUGUCACUCUCCCCCACACCCUCCGGCCUCCAAAUCAUCGCCCAAAGCCUCACCCCCUCCCCACCCACACACUGCCUUCCCAUCCCGUCCGCCUUUCCCUCUGCCAACCUCAACUCCUCUACCGUCACGAACCCAAGUCUCUCAUAUAACUUCCAGCAGUACUCUGUCGCUGCUUCCAGCCAGAUUGGCACUCCUUCUUUAGUGGCGAGUGCUUGGUAGUGCUUGAUUAGACGGGUGCAAUGGCCUUUGCCGCGGGAGGUGGGGUGUGUGCCCAGGAGGAAGAUAUAGCUGUGAGGAGGGUGAUGUUAGAUUUUUGGGGUGGGAAUGAGGAGGAAGAAGGGAACAGGGGAGGGGACAGGGGACGUACUAGUAUUUUUUGUCGUGGGCUAGGGCUUUGUGUUUACAGGAUUCUGUGAGAUCGCCUAGAUCAACGGCCAUUCUCUGUUUAGAAGGUUAGGUUCAAAUCAAGCAGGUCAGGUGAACAACUCCUCAUCCAGACGUCUUCCCGUUAGUUCUCAGGUGAGAAAAUAGGAGUAGAUACCUUCUAUCGGCCUACCCAAGCUGUGGAAACUCAUAUAGGGAGUUAACAGAAAGAAAACAAAGGACAAACAAAAGCAAAACAAGACGAACCUGAAACCCUCCCCAUCCCAACCUCCACAACACCCUCAACCACCCCGCCU